UACGAAUUGUUAGUACAUCACUUAAAAAGCUCGAUACCUCAUCUGCCACAGUUUCUCCCGUUGCUUUGGCUUUCACUUUCAGAAACUACAAAGGCGGAAACAGAACUCUGUAUCAAAACCCAAAUCAAAUUUCUUGGCCAUGAAUCCCUAUGAAAAACCCUUGACGCCUUAUGAACAGAGGCUCAGAGAUGAGGUCAUUUACCUUCACUCUCUCUGGCACAGAGGCCCUCCAGCUUUGAAUCCUAACCCUAAUCGUCUUAGGCCUAAACCUUUUCAUAACAGUAACAACAACCCAUCAAGAAAUCUCCAUGUAUCUUACCCCACAUCCUUCAAGAAAACCAAGGGAAACAAGCACGGAUACCAAAAUGCCAAGAACAGUACCCCUUCAGGUUCUGGGUCCAGCCGCCAACCCGACCCUGGUCCUGAAUGGCCUAUCAACCCUCCACGACCAUCUUCUCCUCCUAACUCUAGCUCUGGAUGGCCUUCUUUUAAGGUCAAACCGAGUCCGUCCGCCCAAUUCACUCCAGGUAUUCAUGAAGCCAAAAUUGCCACAAUGCAAAUGCAGCAGAAGAUAGUCAAAUGUUGUAAUGAGUUCUUUGGCAAAAAGGCUGAUUUGGAUAGUGAAGAAGAUAACAAAUUCGAGGAAGAAGAUGAAGGAGAUGAUUCUUUCGGUGAUGAUAAUGACGUUGAAGAAACUGACGAAUACAAGUUCUUUUUCGGUUUGUUUGUGGAACACCGAGAACUGAGGGAUUUUUAUGAGAAAAACCAGGAAACUGGGGACUUUUAUUGCUUAGUUUGUGGAGGGAUGGGAGUGAAAGUAGGGAAAAUGUUUAAGGGUUGUUUGGGCCUUGUUCAGCAUGCCAUAGCAAUUCUGAGAACAAAGAGAAAAAGGGCCCAUAGGGCUCUUGGUCAGGUUAUUUGCAGGGUUCUUGGAUGGGAUUUUGGUAGACUUCCUGUGGUUGUGUUGAAGGAUGAGCCUCUCAGUCAGUCUUUGGCAAGUUUAGGCGAUACUCUGGUGCAUAAUCAGUGCACUACAGAAGUCGAGUUUGUUACUAUGCCUGUAAACAUAGAACCCUUAUACUUGCGAACAAAGGCCAUAUUGCUGGAUUCAGCAGUUCCGACACUUAAUGAAUCUGGAGAUGAAGCUGAGUCGAAGAAGGAAUUCAGAGGGGAAGAAACAUCUCGAUACCUCAUCUGCCACAGUUUCUCCCGUUGCUUUGGCUUUCACUUUCAGAAACUACAAAGGCGGAAACAGACCUCUGUAUCAAAACCCAAAUCAAAUUUCUUGGCCAUGAAUCCCUAUGAAAAACCCUUGACGCCUUAUGAACAGAGGCUCAGAGAUGAGGUCAUUUACCUUCACUCUCUCUGGCACAGAGGCCCUCCAGCUUUGAAUCCUAGCCCUAAUCGUCUUAGGCCUAAACCUUUUCAUAACAGUAACAACAAACCAUCAAGAAAUCUCCAUGUAUCUUACACCACAUCCUUCAAGAAAACCAAGGGAAACAAGCACGGAUACCAAAAUGCCAAGAACAGUACCCCUUCAGGUUCUGGGUCCAGCCGCCAACCCGACCCUGGUCCUGAAUGGCCUAGCAACCCUCCACCACCAUCUUCUCCUCCUAACUCUAGCUCUGGAUGGCCUUCUUUUAAGGUCAAACCGAGUCCCUCCGCCCAAUUCACUCCAGGCAUUCAUGAAGCCAAAAUUGCCACAAUGCAAAUGCAGCAGAAGAUAGUCAGAUGUUGUAAUGAGUUCUUUGGCAAAAAGGCUGAUUUGGAUAGUGAAGAAGAUAACAAAUUCGAGGAAGAAGAUGAAGGAGAUGAUUCUUUCGGUGAUGAUAAUGACGUUGAAGAAACUGACGAAUACAAGUUCUUUUUCGGUUUGUUUGUGGAACACCGAGAACUGAGGGAUUUUUAUGAGAAAAACCAGGAAACUGGGGACUUUUAUUGCUUAGUUUGUGGAGGGAUGGGAGUGAAAGUAGGGAAAAUGUUUAAGGGUUGUUUGGGCCUUGUUCAGCAUGCCAUAGCAAUUCUGAGAACAAAGAGAAAAAGGGCCCAUAGGGCUCUUGGUCAGGUUAUUUGCAGGGUUCUUGGAUGGGAUUUUGGUAGACUUCCUGUGGUUGUGUUGAAGGAUGAGCCUCUCAGUCAGUCUUUGGCAAGUUUAGGCGAUACUCUGAGUUGUUUGAAGGAAGAUGCUAAUAAGAAAGUUGUGGAAGAUCUAGACAAUGGAGUUUCUGAUAUGGAAGGAGGUAAAGAGGGAGUCAUGGAUUAUGAGACAAGCUUAAACGAGGUUGACAUUGGGACCGAAGCGUAUAAUAUUCUAGGAGAGAAUUCUGGUGUUGAUGAUGUGCAGGGAGGUCUCAGUCGGUAACAGAAACAUUUUCAUUAAGAAGCAUACAGAGGCAAUAGAAGUAAAUGUUGCAGGAUAAAGUCGCUGGAGGAUCACAUUGUGAUUUGCUGGAAGAUUUUCAUACGAGAUUCUACUUUCAGUUGGAAGAAUGACAAGUAAGCUGAUGGAAGAAUGAGAGUGUUUGAAUUAGUUAUUUGAGAAGAGCAUCAAUGACGAGUAAACUGAUGUGCAAGAAAUGGCUAUUUAGGCACUCUGAGAGUGAGAAUCUAUUACUGAUCUAAUUAGAAGUUUUACGGUUUCAGAAUUCUAUUCUGAAACUUCAACUGUGAAGAAUAGUUCCUCUUCUUCAUGUCAUGAAGAAACCCCAGAUGGUUUUCAAUUCUGUGCAUUAGUCUGAAGAAACGUUUGUCUGUAUAUUCGCGUGAUUCUGUUACAUGGAUACCUUCUGGUAAUGUAGAUGUGCAAAAGGAGAAGUUUUGCUAGCAAA